GUUUAUUCUGGAGGAUCUUUAUUAUAACCAGAUGAAAGUUGAUCACAUGAUGUGAUCAGCUUCUGUUGUGAAGGAACAGAUUGAUCCAGUGGAGGAUGAAGGUCGGCUCUGUCGCGUCUCUGGUUGUCCGGAGUUUUCUCUGGAUGUUAUCUCCUGCAGAAGGAGGAGAUGCUGAGGUGUCCUGUGUUUUUAUGGAGAGCUGCAUCUUACCGUGCAGCUUCCAGGGCGGCACUGAUGCAGUCAUCCACUGGUAUCAUGUGACAGCAGGAGACACUCCUGUCCACUCCUACUACAACAACCAAGACCAGCUGGGAUACCAGGGCCAGCACUUCAGAGGCAGGACAUCACUGUUCAAGGACCAGAUCUCUGGAGGAAACGGUUCGCUCCAUCUGACAUGGGUGGAAGUUCAGGACCAAGGCAGAUACAAGUGCUUCACCAGCAUCAUCAGAGGCAACAAGAAUUCAUUUAUCAACCUACAAGUGGACGCUCCGGUCCAUAAAGUCGACAUGGAGCAGGAAGAAAACAGGAUCACCUGCAGCUCAGAGGGGAUCUACCCUGAGCCUGAACUCACCUGGUCCACCAGACCUCCGUCCAACGUGGCCUUCAAGAACACAACCAGAGUCCAGCAGACUGAACAGCAGCUCUACAACAUCAACAGCUCUCUGAUACUUUCAGACAGGGUUACUGAUCUGGUCUACAGCUGCACCGUCAGCACUCGCAGGAACAGGAGGAGAGCCACUUUGAGGGAACUGACUUCUCUCGGUGGUUCCAGCUCUGACACAACAAUCCCCUGCUCUGCCUCAAACACUUCCCUUCUGAACUUCAGCCUCGUCUGGAGAUUCAACCGCAGUCGGAUCAUCCUGAACCGGACCAGGACCAGCGUCCCCUACACAGUCUCAGAGGAGUGGAGGCAGCAGGUGAAGGGUGUGUCUGAGUCAGGCAGCCUCACACUACAAGACUUGUCUUUGAAACAGGAGGGGAUAUACACCUGUGAACUCAGCGAUGACGAGGAGACAAACAUAACCAACACCCUGCUGAGGAUAGAAGGGAGUCAAACUGGUGUCACAGGUGUUAUUGUAGGUUUGGUGGUUGGAGCCAUUUUGGUUGUAGUUCUAACAGCAGGACUUUUUGUGCUGUACUACAAAAGUAUAAAGAGAGAGGAAGAACAGCCUGGAAGGAAGUACCAAACGGUGAUAUGGAGCCCAUCCCAGCUGACACUGAGUGAAAGGCGGGGAACCCCCUGGACAGGUCCACAGUCCAUAACAGGUCACACAGAAAGCAACAACCCCUCACAUUCACACCUGAGGGGGAAUUAAGAGUGAACUAUUAACCUGCGUGUCUUUGGAUGGUGGGAGGAAGCCGGAGAACCCCGAGAGAACCCACACAGACACGGGGAGGACAUGCAAACUCCACACAGAAAGGCCUGAGACGACCAGGGCUUGAACCCGAGACCUUGCUGUGAGCAAAUCUUCUUAUGGAGAAUUUCAUGUGGGAUGGAUAAAAAGUUAAAUCUAUGCAAAUCAAAGACACUAAAGAAGCUGCUAGAGGGAGAACAAACACACACAUGAACAAAACAGCAGGUGAGCUUAGAGGCACCAGCACAGUCCGUGUGCCCAAGACCUCAAAACCACUUUGUGAUUGUUAUUGUGUCAUUAAAACAGGGCCCUAAGCCAUCAUGGGGCCAACCCAAAUAAAAGGUUAGAUUCCCUUUAAAAAGGUUUUCAGAUGAUACUAAAGUAACCAGAAGGUGGUUCUGGAGUACCAGAGGUCUUUGUGAAGGCAUCGCUGGGGGGUGGUUACCAAGUGGUUGUUAAGACGUUAUAAAAAAUGAAUGUAUAAACUCAGUAAAAGCAGAAUUUAUGUAUAAAAUGUUUUAUUGGGUUGCAAUAGAUUAUUCAGAUGUACCUAAUUGAUUGUUUCUCUGUCACCAACUAAUUGAUGAAUGGACUACUUGUUUCUGGCUCAAUACAAAGAGAAGGUUUGGUGUCUUUGAGGAUCGUUGUAACAGGAAAUGAUCUCAUCAUUUUCUUCAGACGUUAUGACUUUUGACAUGAAAGUGAAAAAGAUUCAGAUAAAUUAUCUGUGAGGCUUGUGAGAAAAUCUUUAUUUUGUUGUUUUCACUUCUGGUAAUGGAAAAAGAAAAAAAUGCAUCCCCUUGA